AUGGCGCCAUCAAUGAAUCCGAAUGCCCCAGUGGAGGCGUUGAAGAUCCUUCCGAACAAAACGAAUCAGAACUGGCUCAAAGAUCGUGGUCUACGGAAGUUGAAUCUGGGGAUUGCAUUCAUGUUCGCGUCGUCUGCUGGUACGGGGUAUAACGGGAGUCUGAUGAAUGGAUUGCUUGUGUUGCCUGAAUUUGCCAUGAUCAUCGGCGGCUUGAAAUCUACCAUCCUCGGUCUCCUUAUCGCUGCCACCUCUUUGGGGGCAUUCUUCGCCUUUACUCCGGCUUCUUAUAUUGCGGAUACCCUGGGAAGAAAGUGGUGUGUUGGCGUUGGAUGCUGCUUGGUUAUCGUAUCGUCAGUCUUGCAGGUCUUCGUUCAGAGUCACUGGGCCUUUUUCGGUUGUCGAGUACUCGCUGGUGCCGGUGUGGGAACUGCCCAAACUGCUGCUCCACUACUGGCCACGGAGAUUGCCCAUCCACGCCAGCGACAGACAGCAACAGCUUUAUACAACGCGUGUUGGUGCAUUGGAUCGAUUGCAUCGGCGGCUGUAUGCUUUGGGACAUUGUCUAUGACGACUAGCUGGUCAUGGCGUACUGCCUGCCUGCUUCAAGCUUGUUUCCCGAUAGCCCAACUGGUGGGUCUGUUGAUUGUUCCUGAAAGUCCUCGCUGGUUGAUCUCAAAGGGAAAGAAUGACGAGGCUCUGGAGAUUCUGGCAAAAUAUCACGCAAAUGGUGACAAGUACGAUGAGCUGGUUCAGCAUGAGUUCCAUCAGAUCUGCAAUACUAUCAGUAUCGAGGCACUGGAGCCAAGAAGCUGGGGCUCGUUCUUCUCGUCCAAGGGCGAUAUACACCGUCUGGUUAUUUGUGUCAUGGUUGGUCUGAUGCAGGAAUGGGCUGGAAAUGGAAUCAUCUCCUACUAUCUCGCACCAAUUCUGGCCUCUGUCGGUGUCACCCGUGCUGCAGACCAAGCAGCAGUCAAUGUGGGCCUGCAAGUUUGGAACCUCUUCCUCUCUGCAGGGGGCGCUGUGGCCUCCGAGCGAUAUGGCCGGCGCAUUCUUUGGCUUCUCGGAACAAUGAUUAUGCUCUUCUUCCUUUCCCUGAUGACUAUCGUGGCCGGGGUCUUCCAGGAAAUGCAUAUCGCAGCUGCCGGCUUAGCCGUUGUGCCUAUGAUCUUCCUCUUCUUCUCCGGGUUCAAUCUCGCAUACUCGCCGCUAUUUAUCGCCUAUCCUGCCGAGAUUCUGCCAUUCCCACUUCGGGCAAAGGGUAUGGCCAUCACACUGUCAACGGAUGCAGUCGCUUGCUUCUUCAAUCAAUACGUCAACCCUGUCGCGUUCACGGCCAUACAGUGGAAGUACUAUCUUGUCUAUGUGGGAUGCUUGACCUGGUUCUUGGUGACUAUCUAUUUCCUCUUCCCGGAGACAAAGGGAAGAUCUCUGGAGGAGGUUUCCCGGAUCUUUGAUCGCAAGGAGAUUCGAAGCGAGGAUUCUAGUGACACAAAAGUGGAAGAAUAG